AAAAUACUGAUAAUUCGCUUGUAAUGAGCAACCUUCGUUAUAUCAUAGCAUAGUUGCCUAUGAGGGCAUCUAUCAUGGCGGUGGCGUCAACGAAGAAAAAGAGCGUCUUUGUUGACAGGGUAACAUGUGGAGUAAAGGUGAAACAGAUUGCUUUUAUGGGGAUUAUAUGUACAAUUAUGUUUUUAAUUGUGUAUAGGACCACUAACUAUCAGUAUCAACAAACAGAGAUGGAGUCGAAAUCGGAUCCAUUUUAUUCUUCAAAGGAUUCUGAUGUAGAUAUUACACAUUUGAACAGUUUGCCUCGUGGUAUUAUCCAAGCAAGUUCAGAUCUAGAGUUAAAGCCUCUUUGGUCUACAAGUAAUUCAAAGUCCAAGGGUAGUGUUUCUAGUUCUCGUAACCUGUUGGCAAUGGCAGUUGGUAUUAAACAAAAGAAAAAUGUUGAUACUCUUGUCCAAAAGAGAAUUUUACAAUCAUCUUGUUUCACUACGAUGGACAUGUUGAUGGCUGGUGGGACCUCCAAUGGAGUAAAGAAGCCGUUCAUAUUGUUGCAAACAACCAAACUAAAUGGUGGUUUGCAAAGCGGUUCUUACAUCCUGCUGCUGUUUCCAUAUACGAUUACAUUUUCCUUUGGGAUGAAGAUUUGGGCGUGAAGAAUUUCCAUCCUGGAAGGUACCUCGAAAUCGUGAAAUCAGAAGGACUUGAAAUUUCCCAGCCAGCCUUGGACCGGAACUCAACUGAAAUACAUCAUAGAAUCACAAUAAGAAGCAAGAGAAAA